CAUCUCUUCAACUUACCCCUCUCUCCCUCUUACAUCGUGUAAUCUCAAUAGCCCCAUCAGGCGCCGCCCUCAAGCUCUCUCUGACUCGAAACCCUAAAACCAUGGCGAUCGACAAAAACGAACCCAGCAAGCUCCGUUGGGGAGAGCUUGAGGAAGACGACGACCUGGACUUUUUGUUACCCCCAAAAGAAGUGAUCGGCCCAGACGAAAACGGGAUAAAAAAGGUGAUAGAAUACAGGUUUAACGAUGAAGGAAACAAGGUGAAAAUAACAACGACGACCCGAGUCCGAAAGCUGGCGAAAGCCCGGUUGAGUAAACGGGCUUUGGAAAGAAGGAAUUGGGACAAGUUCGGGGACGCCGUGCGUGAAGAUGUUGGGAGUCGGCUCACUAUGGUUUCUACUGAAGAGAUCCUUCUUGAACGACCUAGAGCCCCUGGUACCAAACCGGAAGAAGCAAAGGCUUCCGGUGACGGCUUGGCUCAGCUUAGCAAAGGAGGUGCUGUUCUCAUGGUGUGCCGAACAUGUGGUAAGAAAGGUGAUCACUGGACCUCCAAAUGUCCUUACAAGGAUCUUGCUGCUCCAGUCGAAUCCUUUGUUGAUAAACCCGCGGCAGCCGAGACGUCGGCAGCUGCUCCUGGAGCUGGAAAGGGAGCCUACGUUCCACCAAGCAUGAGAGCCAAUGCAGAGAGAACAACCGGAUCAGAUAUGAGACGUAGGAACGACGAAAACUCUGUGAGGGUAACAAACUUAUCUGAGGACACUCGGGAGGCUGACUUGCAUGAACUUUUCCGAUCGUUCGGUGCUGUGACGCGUGUGUAUGUUGCUAUGGAUCAGAAGACAGGCACAAGUAGAGGGUUCGGUUUUGUCAACUUUGUGAACAGAGAGGAUGCACAAAGAGCUAUUAACAAGCUGAACGGAUAUGGUUAUGACAAUCUCAUCCUGCGAGUCGAAUGGGCCACACCAAGAACAAACUAGAACAUUGUCAUCUUCAUGGUGUUUAGCUUUUCUCAAACAUUGUUAACAGUUGCAAUUCACUGUCUGAAGUGCAGAUUUUGGCCUUUUUUCCCCCUUUUUUUCUUUCAAUUUUAAUUUACGUUCGUGCAUGACUGUUAUACUCGAGAUCUUAUUUAUUUAAGUUGAAUUCUUGGUUA